UGAGAACAACCAGCCAUCCCCCUCCUCACAACUCUCUCUCUAGCCCGUUUACUCUGCCAAUCUGGCCCUCCCUGCCCCUCUCCCCCUGCUACCUGGCCCGACCUAGGGUGCUGCCACUGAUCCAAGACCUGCCCCCUAAGCUUCGACGUCACUCAAUUUAGAGCUUCAACCCGCUUUGCUGCUUGUGCAGGAAGCACCGCUUAGAGGGGACGCUUCCCUCGUCGAUCCCCCAGCACAAACGCACAAACGAAGCACAAAGACGAAUAAGUCUCUCUUUCUGACUCUCGCUAGGCCAGCAAACCCCUUGAUCGACACCUUUCCACGGCGCACUGCAGAGGUACGCUCAUCCCAUCCCUGGCUCUUCCCUUGUGAUCAACCUUUUGUAACCCGCCCCUAGUGUCACCCCAAAUCAGUCCAUCGGCCACCUCGAUAUAUAACCACCCUGUUCCACACAUCCGAACCUGUCGAACGAUUUCCCGUUCGAUCCCUCUUUCGAUUCUUUCUAGAUCUCACCCCACGCAAGACGCACCUCCGAAACACAACUUGGACUACCCUCUGACUACCUAAACGCAUACAACAACUCGACGCACGACAUACCGAUAUCCCCGACUACAUAUACUACAGCCCCCAAUUCGUUCCUUACCAUCUCUUUUGCCCAUCAUGUCCAACGACAAUUCCAACUCCAACCAGAACACUCAGAACAACCCGAACGAAAUGCAUCGCCAGAGACGUGGAUCAGUCACUCAGCAGGCUAUCGCCGGUCUCUUUAGAAGUAACUCUACCUCCAACGGCGGUGCAUUCCCUGGUACCAGCGACGCUCAGAGACGGAGACUCUCCGUCACCACCGGUCUCGGUCUUACCGGCACUUCGCCCACUGGUGCUAGUGCUUUCAACUCUCUCCGACGGGGAAGUCUUUCGACUAACUCCAACGACUCCAUCGAUGAGAAUGCAAUCGACGAGGAGGAGAUUCCCCCCAACGCCCGCACAGCACCUGCCACUCCCUUCACCCGCAGAAUGAGCUUCGGAGCUCAGGCAAUGCGCACCAUGCGCAAUGGCGGUGGAAGUCCGGGUUCAAACGGUAAUGAUUUACCCUCUGCUUCUGCCACUCCCGUGCCUAGCACUCCUGCCGCCCUCGACAGACGUGGCAGUAUGCACUCUCCACGAGGUGUUGGUUCGGUCGCGAGUUCCACGCCACCGGCCAAUACCUCGUCCAUCGCUGCUGCUCUGUCGUCGGCCAGGCGUCGAUCUAGCAGCACUGUACAGGCAAGCAUUGCACACAAGCAAAGAUCAUCUUCUGACGUGUUCUCUCGCCCAGACCAAGGUUUCAACUGGUCCGAGCAGCUUAGAUCUCGCGCCGAGAGCUCUGUUCAGGGACCACGAGCGUCCUUUUCUUUUGGCUCUGGUCUUUCAUCUUCUCCUCCUCGCGGCCCCGGCAAUGGUGUCGCCCACGAUCGUCAGAAAUCAGUCUCCGAAAUGCCUGCUCCCCCCGCUCAGGCGGCUGCUAUGAAGCCCAAGGCUCCCGAGCGACCUAAGCCGGAUGCCUUCCAGGAACGCAUUCUCAAGGGCGAUUUCUACAUGGACUGAAAAGCCCAUUCAGGAACGGCUACUACGACUGAUGUUGACCAUCCUGCCAUCGUAAUAAGCCCCGUCAGAGAUGGCAUUUCACUACAAGAAUAUGAUUUUCGCCACACGAAAAACGAGAAAAAGAUCAUCAAGCGUUUCACAGAUUCUGAGCGUCCUUCAUCCUUGUCUGUUUUUUUAAGCUGGGGAACACUUUCAUCGGCUCAACCCCACGUGGCGUUCGGUUGGUUGUGAUGCAGCCCGGUUGCGGCUGCACACUGAGCGGGGAAGCUCCAUACCACAUGCACAUGAGACCGUUGUCUCACAUUUGAUCACGGAAGCGGAAUGCAACUGCAAUUUCACGAGGAGUUUACAAACGGCAUGGGGAAUAUGGAGGAGGACGAUCGCAAAUUGCAAGAUUUCGGGUUCCAAAACAAAAUUGGUCCGGGAAAGAACAUGCCUGGCUAUUGCUUGCGGCCCAUCAGAGAAUGUUGAUGGUGUCAAGAUCUCGACAUGGAUUCAUGUCUGGCGUACGGAGAGGGAGACAGGCUUCGGUAUCGUUACAUCGCUGGCUGUCACGCGGCGAAAGCUUUGGGUUGGAGAACGGGCUUGUACCGACGGCCGGGCAGAUUGAAAGUGGGUGGAAGCAUGGACUUUGCGUUUUACCAGGCGGCCGCGAUGGGUACAGAGUUCACAACAGGCCGGACUUGGAAGAGGGGUUAAGUUGCGGGCACAUAGCCCGGUCGAGAGGCGGAUGAACGGCCGGCGACGAACGCCGAGCUUAGCUACUACGAGAAACACGCUCGGACCCGAAUUCAAAGUUUCGCGGUCCCUACCCAAAAUCUUGAUGUUAUCAUUCAGUGAGACCUUACCUAGCAUGGCCAAAUACGAGGGGUGAGUGAUAAUAUGUAAUGCGAAUGUGUGUCUUUCGGGUCGCGGCAAGCAAACUUGUUAGACACGGGUGGUAAGCAGCCAAGGCAUCCCCGAAAGACACAGCGUGGGAUUAAACUGGGCCUCCAUUCCGGAUGGUCGGUAUCUCGUUCCCAUUCGCCGGAGACCAGGCUUGCAAGGUCUCACUAGCGGGCGGCGAAUUCGCACGUAGGCACCGUAGGGCAGCAGCAGGUGAACUCGGGGGAGGCGGGUUGGUUCCACGGAGGCUUCUGUCAUCACAUUCCCCCACGUGAAGCCGUGGUUGGCAGUCCACCGCAGGUCCCGUCCUAUCCGGGGGUGACGGAGAGUCAUCAUCAACCAAACGCAUUCCAUUUGUAAGUCAAGGCCGGG